GAACUUGAGUUAGAAACGAACAUUACCACAGCUAAACGCCAAGUCUCUCAAGCAACCGAAAAGAUGAUGGGAAAGCUUCGCCAACUGGAGCGCGAAGCCAUUUCUGCCCUCGAGAAGACUCGCGUGUCAAGGAUUGAGAAGUUAUAUUCUGGAAAAGCAUCGGUUGUGUCUUUUGAAAAGCAACUUGACCAAGCAUUUGAGUUCAGUAACAACCUGGUUAACAGAAGCUCAAGUUCAGACAUAAUGCAAAGCAAGAAAAAUGUGGAAGAACGAAUCGAAGACCUCAUCAAGACCACAAUGCCAGCACUUCCGGCUAGCUCGUUUGUAGAAUUUGUGACGACAUGUAAACCAGAGAGUUUGAGUCUGGGAUUUACGAAAUUCAGCGAAACAGAUGUGCAAGGAUCGACCGUAGAAGGACUGGAUCAGAAUUUCCAAGCUGGUGUAGGGGCAGAGCUACUAAUUUGUCCCAAAACAAGCGAAGGAGAAAUCAGAAACACUCAGCACACAGAUCGUGUUGAAAUACACAUAGACCCUGCUGAUCAGGUGAGGAGCUUGGUGACGAGUGAAAAAGAAGAUGGAAAUUUCCAAGCAAAAUUUGUAGCGAAAGUACCAGGUCCUUAUAAAAUAGAAUUAAAGAUAAAUGGACAGAAACUUGCCCGGAGUCCAUUUUCUAUUCUGGUCAAAGCACGAGAGUUAAAUGUUAUAGGCAAGUUGGACGUUCAGGGAGGAAUGCUUCAAGGUCCAACCGGCAUUGCAGUGAACAGUAAAGGUGUUAUUGCUGUGGCUGAUUAUGAAGGUCACUGUAUACUGGUAUUUGAUGAGACAGGAAAGUUUAUGCGAAAAAUUGGUUCUUAUGGAGACAAGAAUGGACAAUUAAAGAAUCCAGUCGACGUCACGUUCGUAAACGAUGACGAGAUUCUGGUGGCCGAUCAAUAUAAUCACCGAAUACAGCGGUUGAAUGUACAGACAGGGAACUUUGUGAAAAGCUUUGGAAAAAAGGGAAGUGGAGAUGGAGAGUCUAAGUAUCCUGUAAGUGUUUGUAUUACAAGUGAUGGACGUUUUAUCGUUGUAGUGGAUUUUAAUAACAGCAGAAUUCAGGUGUUUACAAUGGAUGGUGAACCUGUGUUUGAGUUUGGAAACAGUGGCCCAGAAAGGCUGGGUCAUCCACUCAGCUGCGUUUGUUACGAGGAAAAGUUCAUUGUAACUGACCGCGAUAAUAACUGUGUGAAAGUGUUUGAUGAGAGAGGACAGUUUUUGUACAAGUUUGGAGAAAAAGGAAACGGUGAUGGACGGAUGAAUAAGCUGAAUGGCUUAUGUGUUGACAAACAUAAUAACGUUUUCUUAUGUUAUGGGGGAAAUAAUCAAGUUCAACAGUUUACAUUGGAAGGAACUUUAACUGGAAAGACAAGUUCAAAUAUUCAGUUUGGAUGGCCGCGGAGUGUCACCCCAAUGCUAGAUGAUCGGAUUGUGGUCACAGACUUCAGAAAGAAAGAAGUUUACAUUCUGAAAUGAAUGCCCAUUUUUGAAAGUAACUAUCAAUUCUUCGUAAGCAAACCUUUUGCGAAUAUCUGUAAGUUUUAUUGUUUUAUUAAUUUACGGAAAACUGUGACAUGUCACGUGUCACAAGAGAACUUGAAAGAAAAUGGCUAGAAUCAGUAACUUGCCUUCUAAUUUUUCAAGGACAGUUUCAAAGAAUUGUUGAUUCAUCACUUCAGAAAUGUGAUUGUGUGAGCUUUUAUUAAAUUAUAGUAACAGGACUGAGUGGAGUCCAAUUCGGUCUAUAAUCAUACGAGUGAUUGACAAAAUCGGACGACUACGAACGGGGAGUCCCAUUUGUCAAUCACUAGUUUAAAAAAGAAACUAGACAUCGGUUAUACGUUUUCAUGAAAUGACAACGGUUCAGUCGCCGAAAUGCGCGACAACAGCGCUUGCAUAUGACACGCAUUGUCCAUUUACACAGGCAUGACAUGUCAACUGUUCUAUUCAAUUGUCCAGUUGCAAGCAUGACAUCUGCACUGUCCAAUUGGUGCUCAAAUCGAGCUGGUGAUAACCAAUCACAUGCCGGAAUUUUGUUAUAGUUUUGACAGACCACAAAAUCGAUUUCAAACGAGAUUAAGCUUUGUAACCGCUCAAAGAUUUAGGAGUAUUAUUAAGGCAAAAAAAAAAUACACAUUUCUGCAAAAUAAAUGUACAGUGGCAUUGA